AGGCGGGUGGCACUCAGCUGAACACACACAGGCCCAGCAGUGUGAGUUCAGCUGUGCCGGCAGCAUGGAGGUGACGUGGAGAGUUCUUGCAACCCUCACGCUUAUAUGUUGUUUCACAUGCAGCGAUGCUCAGCAGUCAGUCUGUACCCGAGAAGCAGUGGCAGAUGUGGUGUUCCUGGUGGAUGGGUCAUCAAGUAUCGGUUUAGACAACUUCCAAGAGAUUCGCAAGUUCCUCAUUAAGUUGGUUCAGAGCUUUGAUGUGGGCCCAGAUCAGGUCCGGAUCGGGCUUAUCCAGUACAGUGAUAACGCCCACGCUGAAUUCCUUCUUAACACAUACCAAGAUAAGGAGUCAGUCCUGCACCAUAUCAACAGCAUGAAGUAUAAAACCGGUGGUACCAAUACAGGGCUGGGGCUACAGUUCAUGCUGACCCAUCUGUUCACGACACAAGCUGGUAGUCGAUCUGAAAAGGGUGUCCCCAAACUUGCAAUGGUCAUUACGGAUGGGAAGUCCCAAGAUGAUGUCAAGCAGAUGGCGGAUAUAGUAAAAGGGAGAGGCAUCACAUUGUAUGCUGUUGGCAUUAAGGACGCCGUGCUGGAAGAGCUCAAGGAUAUUGCUAGCGACCCUGUUGAGAAACACAUCUUCAGUGUGUCUGACUUUUACCGCCUGCAGUUCAUCUCAGAUGAUAUCAUCCGUGUUCUUUGCACCAUGGUUGGGGAAGCGACCGGCCAGCUUUCCCAGGUUCCGCAAGAGUGCAGGAGAGAUUCUGUUGGGGACAUUGUGCUUCUUGUAGACAGCUCAUCCAGUGUCGGUUCUAGGAACUUCCGAGAGGUGAAGAAAUUCCUCCGGAAUUUUGUGGAAGCUCUGGACACUGCUGCGAGCAAGGUGCAGGUGGGCCUAACGCAGUACAGUGACGAUCCAAGCAUAGAGUUCAAGCAAGGGGAGCUAACGGACAAGAAGGCGCUCCUGGAGCGGCUGGAUAAUUUGCAGUACUUGAGCGGAGCUACAAACACUGGCAAGGCCCUGAAUGAAAUCCUUUCAAGCCACUUCUCCAGACCUCCUACAAGUCGAGUCCCCACGGUGCCACAGAUUGUCGUAGUUAUCACUGGUGGGAAUUCCGAUGAUGCGGUCAACAUUCCUGUCAUGGAGCUGAGGCAGCAGGGCGUGUUUAUCUUCGCCGUGGGUGUGGGCAAGGUGGCCAGCAUCGAGCAGAUUGCCAACCGGCCACACAGUCAGUUCCUGAAGGUGGUCAGCAGCUACGAUGAACUGCAUCGGGUGACGAACGGCCUCCUGCAGGAUGUGUGUAUCUCCUUGGAGCACCAGAGGGAAGCAUUGAUUCCUAGCUUUGCAGACAUUGUUGUCCUUGUGGAAAGCACACAACAGUACUUUCAACAAAUCAGAUCCGUCCUUGUCCGUCUGGUGAACCAGCUGGACAUCAGGCCCGCUGCACACCAGAUUGCCCUGGCACAGUAUGGUACUGACACCAAGACGGAGUUCCAACUAAAUAAGUUUGCCACCAAGGAGGAGAUCCUCAGGUAUGUCAGAAACCAAUUCCGCAUGCAGCGUGCUGUCCCAGCUGGUGCCAGUCUGGCACAGGCUUUGGAGUUUGCCAGCACCAAACUGUUCACCGCAGAGGCCGGCAGCCGAAUCAGCGACAAUGAUGUUCAGCGCUUCCUGGUGGUUAUCACAACUGGGCACUCCCAGGACCAUCGCACAGAAAUUAUUAAUAAAGCACAUGCUCUCCAAAACAAGGGAGUGAGAAUCAUACCCAUUCACUUGCCAAAUGCUGAGCAUGAUGUUCUGAAUGACAUCACAACGGAGCAGUAUGUCUUCCAGUUUGAACAGCCAAGCCUUGUACCAAAAGUAAAGACUGUUCUUGAGUCGUUGGACUUAUGGGAGACGACACUUACGGCACAGCUCAACGCAACCAGGUCUUCAGAUUGUAGGUCAGCCAGACUGGCUGAUAUUGUGUUCAUUGUGGAGUCUGGCAGGAGCAAACAGAGCUUCAAGCUGAUACGUAACUUCAUUUAUCAGAUUGUGGAAAGCCUUGACACGGGCAUCAGGAACGUGAGGGUUGGGAUAGUGGUGUUCAGCAACCAACCAAAGGGCUUGGUCAACCUGAACACCUUUGAGGAGGAGAGUGACAUCCUGCAGUACAUCAGGGUCCUGCCUUACCUAGAGGGCAACCCCAACAUGGGAAAGGCAUUGACCUUUGCCAAGGACAACAUGUUCAACACUAAGAGCGGGAGUCGCAAGGGUGUCCAGCAGGUUGCCAUCGUCAUCACUGACGGAAAGUUCCAGGACAAUGUGGUUAAGGAAGCUGCGGCGCUUCAAGCUGCGGGGGUGACCGUGUACGCUGUAGGGUUGCAGGAUGCCAGAGAGAUGCAGCUGCAACAGAUUGCCUCUCCUCCUUUCAACAAUUAUGUCUUUAGAAUGGAUAGUUUUGCCAAAUUAAACAUGUUACAGAAGGAACUAAAUAAGUACCUGUGCUACAACAUCAUUGAAACGGUAUAUGCCGCUCCGAGACGCAAAUUUUAUCUGAAAAAAGACUGUGUUCAGACAGAGGAAGCAGACAUCUACUUCUUAAUAGAUCAGUCUGGGAGCAUUAAUCAAACAGACUUCACUGAAAUGAAAACAUUUGUGAAAGAGAUCAUCAAGAUGUUCAGGAUUGGGCCAGACCAUGUUAGGGUUGGCUUGGUGAAGUAUGAGGCUAAUCCUACAAUCGAGUUCAACCUCGCUGAGCACAAAGAUCGCAAAUCUCUGGACGAAGCUGUCAGCAGGAUGACCCAGGCUGGCGGGGGGACGAAGACAGGCGAGGCUCUUUCCUUCAUGAAACCGCUAUUCCAGAGUGCUACCCAAACCCGAGGGGGAAGUGUCCCAAGGUUUUUGAUCACAGUCACAGAUGGGGAGUCCCAAGACAGUGUCAUUAGACCGGCCGAAACGCUGGAAGAAGAAGGCAUUGUGGUUUAUGCCGUUGGUGUGAAGAAUGCCAACACAACGGAACUGAAGGAUAUUGCUCGCGCCGAGGAAAGGAUGUUCUUUGUCAACGAUUUCAACGCACUGAGACCCCUAAAAGAUAAAAUUGUCCAAGAGAUCUGCUCUCAAGAAGUGUGCAAGCAGGUGGUGGCAGAUAUCCUGUUCCUCAUCGACAGCUCUGGCAGCAUCGGGUCAGAAGAGUACUUGCAGAUGAAGGAGUUCAUGCUGUCCAUGGUGGAUAAGUCAGACAUUGGUCCUAACAAGGUACACGUGGGAGUGCUGCAGUUCAGCAGCAGCCAGCAGGAGGUCUUCCCACUGGACAAAUUCUAUGACAAAAAACAAAUGAGAGAAGCCAUCAACAAUAUGAUACAAUUAGGACAUGGCACUCUGACUGGCGAGGCACUCCGCUACUCAAAGAAAUACUUUGUGGGGCAAAGGCCCGGCGUCAAUAAGUUUCUGAUUGUCAUAACAGACGGAGAGGCCCAGGAUCUGGUUGCAGAACCAGCCAAGGAACUGCGAGAGCAGGGCAUUUCCAUCCACUCCAUCGGUGUGCGUGAUGCUAGUAACGACCAGCUGUUUGAGAUCUCUGGUGACUGGGUUAGGGUCCAUCCCAUAAGAAAUUUUGAUGCCCUGAAGUCUAUAGAGACAACAAUUCGAAGUCGGAUCUGCAGACCAAAACUCGAGUGCAAAACCCAGGUUGCUGAUGUCAUUUUUUUGGUGGACUGCUCCAGGAGCAUCAGUAAAACCCAGUUCAAUAGCAUGUUGAAGUUCAUGCAGUCCUUGGUGAAUGAUACAGAAGUGGGCCCAAACAGAGUGCGCUUUGGAGUGAUCACCUUUUCUGAUACCGCCAAGAUGAACUUCAAUCUAAAGCAAUACAGCACUAAGACAGAGGUUCGGACAGCCAUCGGAAACAUCGGGCAAACCUUUGGAAACACCUACACCGCUGCUGCCCUGGAGUUCUCCAUGGGCUACUUCAGCAAAGAGCAUGGUGGUCGCCAAGCAGAGGGAGUCCCACAGAUCCUGAUGGUCAUCACAGAUGGGGAGGCUACAGAUGGUGUUCUGCUCCCUGAGAAGUCUAAGCUGGUACUGCAAAGAGGGAUCAACAUUUACGGCAUCGGAGUGAGGCCUGCCAACAAAACGGAAAUAGGAAUUAUGGCAGGGGAUGAAAAAAAGGUGUUCUAUGUAGAUGACUUUGAGGGACUGCUUAAUAUAACAAAGAAAAUCUCUGAAACUAUUUGCAACCAAACCAGGCCAGCUUGCAAGAUGAAAAAAUCUGACCUGGUUAUUUUGGUUGAUGGAUCAGAAAGCAUUAGACCCAAAGAAAAUUUUUAUCUUAUUACGAACUUUACAAGCAAUCUAACGAAGGAUUUCACAAUAGGCUUUAACAUGACCAGAAUUGGAAUGGCACAAUUUAGUGAGGACCCAAAGAAGGAGUUCCACCUGAAUGAGGGCACCAGUGAAGCAAAAGUCUUAGAGGGCAUCAAAAAUGUGACACAGAUUAAACAGGGUACAAAGCUGGGCAAAGCUCUGGAUUUCAUGCACUACUUCUUCGCUACAUCCAACGGCAGCAGGAUCCAUGAAAAGGUCCCACAAAACCUGUUGCUGAUCACGGAUGGGGCUUCUGAUGAUGACGUUCUAGGUGCUGCGGAACGGCUGAGAAGGAAAAACAUACGUAUCUUUGUUGUCGGCAUAGGCAGCAUUGAGAAAUCUGAAAAUGAGACCCUGCAGCAGAUUGCUGGGCAAUCUGGUUGGUUUUUCAUGUCAGACUUCAAUGCCCUGAAUGAAAUAAAAAGUGCCGUGUUUGAGGAGAUGUGCACACCAGAUAGUGAUCCUAAAAGCUGUACGAUGGACAUUGCCUUCGGAUUUGAUAUAUCGGUGGGGACCCAACGGCGGUUCUUCAGCAGGCAGCAGAAGCUCCAGAUUUACCUUCCCGAUAUUAUCAGAUCCAUGUCUCUUCUUGGUGGCCUCUGCUGCAUGACGGACACAGACACAAUCACGGCAAAUCUCGCCUUCCGUGUGGUCAGGCGUGACGGGAGCAUCAUAGAGGACUACAACUUUGAGCCAUACAACAAGGAUAUAGUGAAAAAACUGAUGGCGCUGGAGUCCUCAGAGAACACUUACUUCAACAAGCAGCUCCUAUCUUCGUUUGGGGAAAAGUUCAGAAAGCAGUCUGGUGUGGGCCGAGUGAAGGUCCUGAUUAUUUUCACUGAUGGGUUCGAUGACCGUGUUGAAGAUCUCGAGAAAGAAUCAGACAGCCUCAAGAAUGCAGGAAUCAAUGCAUUGCUGCUGGUGUCAUUAGAUGGUAAUUCUGACACCAAUCAGCUUCGAAUGGUGGAGUUUGGACGUGGUUUUGGGUACAAAGAUCCCCUUUCCAUCGGCAUGAUGAAUGUGGCCAGUAGCCUGCAGCAGCAGAUCGAGACUGUGGCAGCACGGGAGUGUUGUGAGGUGAUGUGCCAGUGUUCAGGGUCCGAAGGUCCUCGAGGAAUCAGGGGCCCUCCUGGAGGAAAGGGUGUGCCAGGACUUGAUGGACAUUCAGGGUAUCCUGGAGAUGAAGGGACAAUGGGAGAAAGGGGACCCCCGGGCCCAGAUGGAACACACGGGCCUCCGGGCUGUCCUGGGAAACGAGGCGAGAAGGGAAGAACAGGAUUCAGGGGAAAUCGGGGGGGCAGCGGGGAGGAUGGACUGGACGGAAUACAGGGUGAACAGGGGACCACCGGAACGCCUGGAAUGAAAGGGGAGAAAGGAGAUCCAGGCCGCCCAGGUCGUAAGGGCAUCCCUGGACUGUCUGGAGAGAAAGGUCAGCCCGGCCUCAGCGGUGACCCUGGUGAACUUGGCUCUGAAAACACAAUCAAAGGUUCCAAAGGAGAGAAAGGACACCCAGGGCUUCCAGGUGAUCAAGGGGCAGACGGAAUUCCUGGGGACGAUGGGGCUUUAGGAGAGCUGGGUCCUGACGGUCGGAGAGGUCCAAUAGGUUUUAAGGGAUCAAGAGGGAAACCAGGAACAAAUGGGGUUCUGGGGCCCCCAGGAAAUAAUGGUGCACAGGGAGCAAAAGGAAGUGAAGGCCCCCCUGGUCCCAUUGGCAUUGAUGGCCUACCUGGACCUCAGGGUCGACCAGGUCCUUCAGGUGCAAAAGGGCGACCUGGAAGUCAAGGAAUGAAAGGACAAAAGGGUCAGCAGGGUGACAUCAGUGGAAAGGGGGAGAUCGGGCAAUCUGGCAUCAGGGGACCACCGGGUGAGGAUGGCAGAGACGGCAACGGAUGGUCCGGACCCAAGGGACAAAAGGGAGACCAAGGUUUCCCAGGCUACCCUGGAGUACAGGGAGAAGAAGGUAAUACCGGUACCAAGGGGCAUCCAGGUCGGAAGGGAAACCGAGGCCAAAGGGGUAAAUCUGGUCAAUCUGGAGAGCCGGGAAAUUCAGGAGAUCCAGGACCACCAGGACAUAAGGGAGAAAGAGGAUCACGUGGAAAAAGUGAAAGCACCGGAUGCGGAUUAGUAAGCUAUAUUCGAGACAAAUGUGCUUGUUCCAGCUGUCGGAAGGAGUGCCCAAGCUACCCAACGGACUUGGUCAUAGCUCUGGACACAUCAGAAGACGUGACUGACAAUGAUUUUGAGCGAAUGAACGAGACAGUCCAUACCCUGCUGGAGGGGUUAUCCAUCUCGGAGAGCAACUGUCCCAGGGGGGCCCGAGUGGCUGUAGUUACCUACAAUUCCAACGCAAAGUAUGUCAUCCGCUUCUCAGACUAUCACCGCAGUCGUACUCUGAUGGAAGCCGUAAGCAACAUCCCGUUCACAAAAUCGUCCAAUCGGCGAAGCAUUGGCGAGGCCAUGAGGUUUGUGGCACACAAUGUAUUCAAACGCACCCGCCAGGCCACGCUGACAAGGAAGGUGGCGAUCUUUAUCACCAAGGGUCAGUCUGCAGAGCUGCCCCCGAUCAUCUCGGCGAAGCUGGAGCUCUCGGCACAGGCCAUCAUUACAGCUGUCAUCGCCUUCAAUCGAGUUCCCAACGUCAGGCGUGCUUUUGGGGAUAACAGCCUCAACUUCAUGAUCAACCUCAUGAGAGAAGGUCGGAUCUCAAAUCAGCUGGAAAUGAUCAAGACCUGCAUCCUCUGCUAUGACCACUGCAAUCCAGCAGAGGUCUGUACGGCCCUGAAUAUACUACCAGUUCCCCAGAAGGUGAACAUGGACCUUGCGGUGGUAAUGGACAGCUCUCAGAAUGUCCAGGCAGACCAGUACCACGGUGUCCAGGAGCUCCUGGGCUCCGUUCUUCAACAGAUUGACAUCAGUACCCAGCCCACGAGGCAGGACAAGGUGGCACGGGUAGCCAUAGUACAGCAAGGCAUAUCCGACAAUAUUCCCACAGUAGGUCAGAUACCAGUGAGAGUGGAGUUUGACCUCAUGGAAUACCAGGAUGUAAAUGCGAUUAAGACCCAUAUCCUGCAGAACAUGCGGCAAGUGGGCGGGCGCAUGGCCAUUGGCUAUGCCGUUGAAUGGACUAUAGAGAACAUUCUGCUCAGGGCCACCCAGCAAAGAAAGAGUAAGGUGGUCCUGGUUUUUGUUGGAGGAGAGACUAGCUCCUGGGAUCGGGCCAAACUGGAGACCGUGGCCUUACAAGCCAAGUGCCAGGGUGUGGUGCUGGUCACUGUCACCAUGGGCCACCAAUUCAACUGCACACAGGCCGAGGAGCUGGCCAGUUUUCCGCUGGCGCAGCACGUUGUUCACCUGGGCCAGGUGAAGAAGGGAAAUCUGGAGUAUGCUGAUCGCUUCCUGAGGGCCUUCUUCGACAUUUUAAGCAGAGAUUUGAACAGGUACCCACAUAGAACUUUUGUGGACAAGUGCAGAAAUGUACCGGUGCUCGUAGCCAAGGCAGAGGAGUGGGAGGGCGUUCCUGUUGAAAGUGUGACCAUCGUGGAUCAUCAUGAGAAGGAGGAGUAUACAGAAGAGACAGAGGUGGACAAUUCCCAAACUGAGACAUAUGAGGAGAUAGACGUCAGACCUGAGAUCCUCCCAGGACGUGGAGAUUCGAUCCUAUUCCUGGCUGAUCCCGCUUCUUGCUCCCUCCCAGCAGAUGCAGGCUCAUGUAAGACCUAUGCCAUCAGGUGGUAUUUUGACCUCACAAAGAACAAGUGUGCCCGCUUCUGGUACAGCGGCUGUGGCGGAAACGCUAACAGGUUUGAUAGCCAGAAGAAAUGUGAAGCUGCUUGUAUGAAGACGCAUCAGUAAAAGCUUCAGGGUGAAACCUUCUUCAUGACAUUGACUGUUGGACUGCAGACACAUUCAUGUUUGGUUUAGUCAGAGCCACUUGCAUCCGUUAUGUUUUCCUAAGUUUGUCAAAUCAGUUGUCAUUAGGCUUGAUUCCUUGUUAAAGAUCAAUGAUUUUCUCAUUACCCUCAUCUUCCAAAGCUUGAGGGUCUAUGAGCAAGAGCGCGAAAUAGAACUGGAGAAUGCAAAAUUUUGUUCAAUGUCAGGUAGGUACUAUGGUAUGGCGAACAAUGAUGCUGUGCAGCAUUUUUUUUGUUGGUUUUAAUAAUCCUUUUCCAAAGAAGUGGAAAUUAUUGACAUGGCUGAGUGUAGAGCCCUGAUGGCUGAAACCCCUCUGACAUCAAAUCUUAUCCUAUCUGAACAAUUCCCUGCAACAAGAGGGAGAACGCAUCUUCUCCACCACUUCAACAUGAUGCUGGCUCCUCAAGUGGUGAAAUUUGAGAGUAAAACUCAGCUCAACAUCAGCUAUGCCAAACAGAUCAGCUGUUGUAGAUAUAAUUGUACCGCUGACUUUAAAAGAAGACCUGUUCCUCCCUAUAAACCCAAUGGUUAGGCAGCUUGACUCCUGUAGUGGCCAAUAUCAGGGAUAUUUUUAUUAAAAAUGUCACCAAUCAGAUCUAUCUUUUGUACAUUGGGUUUUUCCACUGUUGACCUUUAUUAAUGGUGCUACUAUUGGAUAUCAAUAUACCUGUAGAACAGACCCUAUUGUAAUGGCUGUUUUAAACCUCAUUAAACACCUAAAGAAAAUGUCACAUUUAUUCAUUUACAUUUACAUGUUUUCAUUUAGCAGAUGCUUUU